CUUUCCUCUCCUCCUUCUCCGCUCUGUGUUCCAUAGAGACUCAGCCCGCUCAGAUGCACUCGGCGUUCUAGCAGUAGCAGCAGCAGUAGCGGGAGCGUCUCAAUGCAGGGUCAGCAAGAGCAUCCGGAUGGCCACCAGCGCAAGAGACUGCGCUAAGCAGACGACCAGCGCGCUCUUUCAUCCGUGCUUCUCAACCCCGAACCUCUAGCGAAGAGAGAGGUGCCCAAAUCCGUUUUAGGAUUAUCGUUUUCUUUUUGUUCUUUGUCCCUCUUUCUGUCUAUUCGAUUAGGAAGAAUUGAUGACGAUGUAUCGGCGAUGGUGGAUUUCCCUUUUGUGCGUCUAUGGACUGAUGUGCAUCGUUCAUUCCAGCAAUCAUAUGCCUCGAAAUGGUAAUGUAUUUAUGACAACAAAUAUUGCGAUGUAUUUUAUUGGAAUAGAUCCGAAUGGCAACAGCAUCACCAAUAACGUGUUCCAUAUUCCAUUUUAUUAUGCUGCCAGAGAGGGAGCCUGACUCCCCAACGUAAACAGUCUCUAAAAUAUGCAUGUAAUGUUACCUUAUGAAAGGGAAUCUGUCUAUUUAUUAAUUUCAACUAUUUGAGGAAAGAUAUUCCAAAACCAUUACAGUGCUAUUUCAUAUUGAUUUAUGUUUUGGUAUAGGCGCUUGAAGCUGUGUUUUCUGCGCCAGGAUAACUAUGGCAGUCAUAAAAAUCGCGAUUUCCUCCCUGUGCAGGAGACGCCUUGUCGCAGGCGAAGGCUGUUCGUGAUGCGAGCAGGUUCAUCGGGAAGGAGGACACGGUCCCUCUCCGUCUGCUCUACAGCAUGCACAACCACAGCCAAAUCACGCACGAUGUCAUCAGCACCAGGACUAGAGCCAGCUCCAGCCCCACACAGGUAGCCUACACAGUGUUGUUAUUUAUUAUGGUGACGGUGGCGAUGGGCAGAUAGACAGAUGCCUUUGGUACCCGUUGCCAUUGGAGACGUCCCGCUUAUCUCAUGUUGUUUAUGUUUUUGUUGAAUCAUCUCAUUUUUACGCAAUACACAGAUAAUUCGUUAAGAUCACAUUUUCACCUAUUAGGAGCUAGUUCUUUUGACUAGUGGUCUAUUUACAGAAAUAUAGGCUAUGCAAUUUCACCACUUUUAAAAGCCUAGGCAGUGCCUUUUCAUUGAGCAAACGAAAAGGUAGCCUAGUGGCAUAUGGUGGGUUUAUUCUAUGGACAUCCAUAAACAAAAGACAGGCCAGAUAAAGCCUACCUUUGCUCAGGCCUGAUCAACAAAAGAGCUCAUGCAUGCCACACAUGGGGAUGUAGCCUAUGCAUUAGAAUGAAUAAACAAAUAGGCCUAUAACAUCCAUACAUGUUUAAUUGGGUCAAAUACUUUUUUUUGCUAUAUGGUAAGAGAGGUUAUAUUAUUAUAAAGGUGACCCGACCUGACACAAUAUCUUUACAAUCUAUUGAAUAAUGAUUGGUUUGUGCCCUUGCCAUGGAUUCACCCGUGACCCACAUGACCCUAUGUCCGAGACACACUGCCCCUUGGAUGGUUAAAGAGAGCCUGCUGUCUGUCAGGUUGGCUUCCUUUAAAGUUCAGCAGCUGGGUGGUUGUUUGGCCAAUAAAUAAUCUGUUUGAUAUGAAGACCUAGUCUGGAUACUCAGAUAUAAUCAUAAGGCUCUCUGCCUCUGAAAUGUACACAUUAUAAACAUAAUCCGAUUUUUUAUUCCACAAUCUCUUCCACUAUUCCAUCCUUUUAUCUAAAAUCUAGUUGUGUCAUUGAUAUUGAAGGCCCAGUGCAGUCAAAAACGUGAUUUAUCUGUGUUUUAUAUAUAUUUCCACAAUAUGAGGUUGGAAUAAUACUGUGCAAUUGUGAAAUUAUGAUAUUGCCCUUUUAGUGUAAGAACUGUUUGAAAAGACUGCUUGAAAUGUCAGCCUGGGCACAGGCACAUCAAGGGCACAGGCACAAGGGCAGGGCAGACGCUUUCAUUACAGGAAUCAUGAGGAUAAUGCACUUUGACCAAAUCAUGGUUUUAGUCACCCAAAAAAUAGGACGUUUUGAGUGAGGUGACAAUGUAGAAUGUGCUCUUUCUACGUUUAUAGGCACCCUUUCAGUUUGUUUACGAUUAUGAUGACAAGGCCGGAGCAGUUCUCUUUGCUCAUACCGCGUUUAACUUUGAAUGUGAGUUUGCAUGACCUCAGCUCAGCCUAUCAGAAAACCAGGCAGGCCCAUCUUGGUAGGGGAGCUGACCAUUACCCACUGAUCAGCCAAAGGCUCAUUAUAGAGGAGUAUAACAGAGAAAUUGCGCCAAAGCCAUCUGGCAUUCGCCAGAAUUGCCAGAUGGCCAAUCCGCCCCUGGACGCUAACCUGUUAUGGGUUUAUAGUUCCAGAGGCUAUGCUAGGCUAGAGAACCAGGCUAGUCAUGAUAACCAAGCUAAUUGGACACAUCUGUCAUUGGCUUCAACAUUGUUUAUAUGACCUCACUGGUGUUCUAUAUGUUGAGCUCUAAUAAGGAACUUGAGCGUACGUCAUUAGAACAGUUAACUUGGUUUGGCUUCAUUUUUCAGAAGAAGAUUCUGGUGCCGCCUAAAAUAAAGUUAUUGGGGGAAACACUGCGUCAUCUUAUUGCCACUAUUUAAAGCACAACUGCAUCAGGUGUCUCCAGGUGAAAUUAUACUGCCCCACAAAGAGAGAGAGAGAGAGAGGGAGAGAGAGAUAUGAUGGAAUCUUCAUUUGAUCUAAUCAGUCUUUGAGAUUCUUGUCAUCCCCCAGAGAGAGUUUUAAACUGACCUCAAAUCAGCCACAUCGUCACAUAGCCUGCAGUCUCAGUGUCAUAUUGUCUGAUUCUGCUCUGAUUUCUGCUGUUUUUAGCUCGGUAUCAUAACAUCUGAAAGGAACCUGUCAAAUCAUCCUCAAACGUGUGACACACAAAAAUAACUAUUUAUAGACUUGGGUUGAGUCUACUAUUUUCAGUUGAAAGCGUAACCUAUUGUACACCUUUAAAAGAGGAGCUUUGAGAAGAGUUCAGCUGAGUGCUGUUUAAGUGUUUCUGUGGAAGAAAAGCACUUAUAGUCAUGGGCCCAUAGCCAUCAGUGGAGUCUGCUGUGUGUGUGUGUGUGUGUGUGUGUGUGUGUGUGUGUGUGUGUGUGUGUGUAAGGCUGUCUGUGUUGUAGUAGGAUAACAGCACUCCGUGGUAGGCCCCUAGCUCCAUCAGUGGACAUAGGUACUGCUAUGAUGCAGUAAUCAAUGAAACGGGAGUCGCUGAUGGUCUCGGUGCCUCGGCUCGGCCCAGUCGAACUGGGAAAUCUGGUCCAGCAGAACACAAUUACUGGCACCACUUCACGUGGAUUCAAUCCGCUUAAUUUGAUUUUAAAGUGUGCCCUGAAAAGGAAUCACAUACUCGCGUACCGGAAUAUGCGCGCACACACACACACACACACACACACACACACACGCACACACCCUCCCUUGGUUUUAAUGCAGCGUCCGGUGUGUAUUGACUCAGGCCCGUGGGCCAGCCUGGGGGAGGGGUUAGCCCUGUGUUAGACUAGCUGGGGACUCCCUCAGAGUUGCACAGGAACAAUAGUGGGAAGUCCUCGUUGCCCCUGGGGCCUGUAAUAAACCGCGCGCCAUAUGUGCCCAGUGCUAGGGAUGUAUUAGACCUUCCCCCUCAACCGAAUCAAUCAUUUCUGGUCGAACCAUCAGGGAGGGUGUGUGUGUGUGUGUGUGUGUGUGUGUGUGUGUGUGUGUGUGUGUGUGUGAGUGUGUGUGUGUGUGUGUGUGUGUGUGUGAGUACAGGGGUAGGUGGGAGGGUAUGAGUUACACAGAUUUGCAUGGUUAAUUUCACCACUGUCUUUCAGAAAAAGAGAGUCAGAUUAAGUAUUUGAAAUUCAUGGUGUUGGGUAACGUUUGAUCACAACAUCACAGAGUGUCUGGGUCUAGUUCAGCUUCCAUCACAGCUCCCGUCUCUCAGAAUGUCUGGGUCUAGUUCAGCUUCCAUCACAGCUCCCUCUCUCAGAAUGUCUGGGUCUAGUUCAGCUUAUCACAGCUCCCGUCUCUCAGAAUGUCUGGGUCUAGUUCAGCUUCCAUCACAGCUCCCGUCUCUCAGAAUGUCUGGGUCUAGUUCAGCUUCCAUCACAGCUCCCGUCUCUCAGAGUGUCUGGGUCUAGUUCAGCUUCCAUCACAGCUCCCGUCUCUCAGAAUGUCUGGGUCUAGUUCAGCUUCCAUCACAGCUCCCGUCUCUCAGAAUGUCUGGGUCUAGUUCAGCUUCCAUCACAGCUCCCGUCUCUCAGAUGUCUGGGUCUAGUUCAGCUUCCAUCACAGCUCCCGUCUCUCAGAAUGUGGCUAGUCACUCAUCAAUCCCGUCUCUAGAUUCUGUUAUUCAGCUGAAUAACAGCUCCCGUUUCAGAAGUCUGUCUAUUAUUCACACAGCCCCGUCCUCAGAUGUCUAGUAUCAUUGUUAGUAUGUUUUAAUACUUUUGAUGUGUAGAAUAAUCAUUUUCCUUAGUGGAAUAGAGAUGAUUGUAUAACGUUUCUGAUAAGGUGACGUCUUUGUCUUAUAUUUUUUAUUCACAGGGGAACCACGUGGCCCAAGCCAGCUUCCAGGUGGAUGCGUUUGGUGAGAAGUUCAUCUUGGAUGUUGAACUGAACCAGUGAGUAUAACCUUUGACCUAUCACCAACAUUCUCUGUAUCUACUGAGAUAAAUCCCCUUUCUCUCUAUGUCAUGUUUUCUGCAUAUGAUAGUAAAAUAGCCAGUAGUACUAGACCGUCUUUUGUAUGAUUAAAGGGACUCUCUGUUACUUUUGUAUACUUUUUAGCAAAUAGUUCUGAAAGUAGCACCCCUGAGCCAAAAGUGGUCCCCAAAAAUUGCGUACUACAUCACAAUAUGUGCAGAUACUGUAUGUGCACCACGUCAUUGCUCUCUCUUUCGCUCUGCUGUGUGUGAUUCUUGCUAGCUGCCACUCAAAUGAUGAGGGGCUGAAUCUCAUUGGCUGGAACUCGAAUUGCUAGAGGGCUGGCCCAUGCGGGGGGGGGAAAUGUAGGGAAAAUGGUGCAGCACAGCUUCCAGAAAAUAGUCUCUUUCAAACAAGCGAUUUCGUGCCUAAUUGAGGUAAGACAAUAAUUCCGCUCAUAGAUUAUGAGUGGGUGAAUUACACAUUGACACAUCCAGCCCAAAGCGGGAUGUUUCAAAAAUACUUACUAGUCGCCAAAGUACCGGAGCAUGUCUUUAAGAGCUGUUUAAUUAGUCCCCAAUGUCUUCUUCACAAAGCUUUGAUCUCGGAAAACAUGUUAGUAUCAGUGCUGUAGGCCUAUCAUUGAUUAUGACUGCUUGGUUGGUAACACUGCUUAUAGGCUGCUUAUUCACUAGGGAACACAAGUUUAUAAGCUGUUCAUAAGCAGGUUAUAAGCCGUUCAUAAGCAGGUUAUAAGCCAUUCAUAAGCUGGUUAUAAGCGUUCAUAAGCAGGCAUUCGAAUGAGGUGUUAAAGGGAUACUGCGAGAUUCUGGCAGUUGUCAUUGCGCGCAGUAUAAAGGAAGUUAAGAGGUAGUUUUGCGAGCCAAUGCUAACUAGCGUUAGCGUAAUGAUUGGAAGUCUACAGGUAUGGUAGCGUGUGCGGUAGCGUGUGCGGUAGCGUGUCCUUCAUGGUGCAUGAAGAGACAUUAAAAUGGUAUCCACGAGUUCAUCUGGCUCUGGGUAAGUAGAACAACAGCUUAAUUGCCAGAAUCUGGCAGUACCUCUUUAACACAAUGCUCUAAUGGUGUCUUUAAUGGAGGUUUAGGUGUCAACUAUGUGAGUGACUUGAUGACAGAGGAAUGAGACAUCUUUCACCUCUGGCUGAUCAUAGUGGUACAGAGCAGACAGGACCAUUUUUCCCACAUUUCCUCCCAGUGUACGCACAGUGUACGCACUUUUGGGCCACCUUGUUUUCGGGGAAGAAAUGAUAUGUUGUGUGUUUGUGGGGCUAUCUCUCUCGCUCUCCAUCCCUCCAUCUCUCUCUCGCUCAGCUUUCUCCCUCUCACUGUUUCUCUUUCUGCUAUUUCUGUUUCUCUUCCCCUCUUCCCCUCUUCCUCUCUCUCUAGCUCUCUAUCUCAAGCUCUCUAUCUCACACUCUGCUGAGCAAUGGCCUUACCCAAAUGAGGGGAAGUUUUGCCUCUCUCUCUCUGUGUGUGUGUCUGUGUUUGUGUGUCACAGACACACAAACACAGGGUGACAGGUUCAGUACACAUCACUGCUCUCUGUAUCAAAAAGUAGGCUGGCCCUCUUUGAGGUCUUGUAGAUCGAUGCAUUGCACUAUUUUUGUUUAUAAAGCCCACUUAAAGAAACUUCCGCCGUACCUUGCUUCAUUGUUAACCUACAGAUGUACGAGUUACCAGACCCGGUCUCAGGGAUGGCUAACUCUGGAGAUCCCUUCGAUCUCCACUAAGUUUGGUGAAUCUGCUUUUAGUUUUUUGCACCUUACUUGUGGAAUAAUCACCAAAACCUUCUAAAAUGUUAUGUUUUGGUGUCUUAAGGCUAUUCAGACGGCUGCUGAUUGAUUAUCUGUUUUACUGAAGAAUGUGUUUGUUUUCUAUGUUUGUGUUUUGUGUCUCUUGUGCUUUUCGUAGUGUAUUGAUGGGUAUCAUUUUUGUAAUCACAGGGUUCUUCUGAAAAAGAGACGUUGGUCUCAGCAUGUCAAAAGUGAAAUAAAUGAACCAAGCUCACCUAAGCAGGCAGUUGUGUGUAGAAGUGAGUGUGCAUCAUUCAAGUGAGUCUGUACUCUGUCAUGUCAUUAUAUCUGAAGUCAUCUCUCUCUGUAUGAGGAUAUAUUUCCCCUGUCACCCAGAGCCACUCACACACAGUAGACUGAGAGAAAUGGAGAUGGCAUCACAGGAAUAUCCAAUCAGCACGGUGCUGCCACUUGGAGGGUUACUGUACGAUGCAUGAAGUGCCACUGUGGGAUGGAGCGCUAGUGUUGUGACACAGCCAGGCACGUCUCUUGUCAUAUGCUGCGUUUCGUGACCUGAGGUGCUCGAACGUCAUUCAUCAUAUGGAGUCUGUGCUGCAACUGUGUGUGUCUGUAUGGUAUCGUUUGGGCGUCCUGCAUAAAGGUUGGAACCCCUGUUGUUGUGAUCAGUACAAUGGUAGUAUGGAGUGAAUGUUUCUCUGAUGUGUGCAUCCUCCCUGUUCUCAUAAGAUGCCUCAUGUAUAAAAACAACUCCUCUCUCUCUCUCUCCCCUGCGGUGGCUGUGUGUUUCAUGAGGUUCUGUUAAAUGCUGUGUGUGUGUGCUGCUCUUCUCCAUCCAUCCCUCGCUCCCCAAGCGCUGCUCACUGACCUCACUCUUCAACCAAUCACACUGCAUCCUGCUUUGUUGAUGAUAACUUUCUUGAGCUGUGUGUGUUUAGUGUGUGAGGAGGGCAUUGAGGUUGAGCGUGCGUGUUUCUUGGCUUCAUGCAGCAAGGCUUCAUGCAGACCUAGUUUCCUUAGAUUGAUCAAUGGCCUCGCUCCUCUGUGUGUGUGUGCGUGUGUUUUGUGUGUGUGUGUGUGUGUGUGUGUGUGUGUGUGCGUGUGUGUGUGUGUGUGUUUAAGCAGUUGCAAGCACAACAAACAAGAGGCUGUUGUUUGUUUUUAUUUCAGUUGAUUUUGAGAUGCUACUCUCUCUUUCCACUGGGAUCUUUUAAUAGGAUCACAGAUUUGAUGAUAAAAAAUAACCUUUCAGAAACACAUCAGGUAUUUUUAGCUUGUGCCUACUGUAACUGUGUGUGUGUUUAGUGUUUCAAGUUUUAAUGUCACAUGCACAAGUACAGUGAAAUACAUUUCUUGCAAGCUCUAAAACCAACAAUGCAGUAAUCAAUAACAAUGUAAUGAUAAAUAGACCAAAGUAUUGCAGGGCAGAAGUGUGUCUGUGUUGUCUAGCGUGCUAAGGUCACACAUUACUCCCUUAGGUUUCUUUGUCCUCUCCCUCUUCCAUCUUUGGCUGCUUCCAAAUUGCCAUUGAUGGGCUGGGAUGGAGUGGGGGUGCUUCUUUUGAAUGAUGCCCCCCUUUCCUCAUAAACCACGCCUCCUCUUCACCCCUCACCUCCCCUCCCACCUGCUCAUGCUGAAUAAUGGAUGUCCCUGUAAGAUUAAAAGGGGACGCUGAAAUGGGAUGUGUGUGUGUGUGUGUGUGUGUGUGAAUGGCUCAGUUUGGGGCUCUUACUGCAGUAUCAAUUAGGCCUCAAUGUGGCUCUUAUAAACCAGGGGCCAGAUUAGAGCUUGGGGGCCCACAGAACAUAUUGUUUACAUUAUAACUAGUACAAACCUAUUGUUUACAUUACAACUAGUACAAACCUAUUGUUUACAUUACAACUCACACAAAAAUAUAAUUUAUAUGAACUAAUACAAAGAUUAGAAGAUCUCUCAUGUACUUUUUGUAUGUCGUGCAUUGUAUUUAGUCUGAUGACAUGAAUACUUAAAGGGGUAACACUUCAUAUUCCCCAUGUUUUAUGUACUCUUAGAAUGAGGUUAGGAGGUCUGUAGGCUACAUGUCUAACCACAAGUGUUAUGACAUGUUCUGAAAUAUUCAAAAGGCUUCAAAGCUCAUUGUUUAAUAAAAGGGAUGUUGUUAUACAGUAUAGUUUCUAUGAACAACACCAUACAAUUUCAUCUCAGUGUUGACAGAAUAUAAUAAUUUAUGUGUGCGUGUGUCUCUCUCUCCCUCUUUGUGUGGAGAGGAGAGGAGCAGGUGGGCAGGUGCUAGUGGGGGUCAGUAAUUGCCGUAACCUGUCUGUUUAUGAAACUGGUGUUAGAGUGAUACGAUUCCAGCACUGACCUGGUUCCUUGCUGUUCCUGUGUGGGCUGUUGUCAGGACAACGAGGGGCCAGAGAGAGACUGGAUAUUCUGUUUCUAGUGGAGUCGACUCCGACUCCUGCUGUCAGUCGUUGGAAUGUACGCUUUCUCGACGGACUCAAAUUUGACAAAACUGACCACAAUUAGCUAAAAUUAGCUACAGCUGCAAUGUCAGUGUGUGCACGCACCCUAAUGAACUGGGUGAUUGAUAAGCAAUGCAUAUGGAGCCAUCUGACAAUCUCUACUAAACAAAACACUCAAGGCUAAUCAGUAGCCUACGUCAGCCUAGCUGGCUGAUUUUGUUUUUAAUGACUCCAGGAUUUUUGGUGUCGCCUCCGACUCUCGUGGUCAAGGAGUCGAUGAAUCGACUCUUUUGGAGUCGACUCUCCUCACAUGAAAAAAUACUACAGUUUAUUAUAGAAUACUUCAGUACUUCCUAUAUAAUUCCAUAGUAAACUGUAGUAUACUGUAGAAUACUAUACUACACACUGUAGUGUCCCUCAAUCAUGUGGAGUACUUACUAUAGAAUGUUGUAGUAUACUAUAGUAAACACUACAUUAUUAUCCCUCCCAAAACACUGUAGUAAAUACUACAGUAAUGUCCGCAAAAACACGACACUUUUUGAACUAUAGUAAAUACUACUGUAAUAAAUUUGCAUAUGCCCUGCACAUUCCUCUCCCCCAUAUCAAGUUGUGCCACCCAUAAGUGAGAAACCUACAUGCCAAGUAUAGACCAUAUAAUGUGUUCCGUACAGGUUAUAGAAAAGAGCAGAAGCGCUGAACUAUCUGUUCAGACCCCAGUCCUACCUACCUACCUAGUAUUUCUCCAGUAGGUUUCCUCAAGGAGAAAGCCUCCAAUUCUAUGUCAAAGAUAAUCAAACAAAAACACUACAAUGAAUACUACAAUCCACAAAAACACUACAUGAAUUACUAUAGUAUAUACUAGUUUUAUUUUACUACAGUAUACUACUGUAAAUACUACAGUAAAGUCAGAAAAAACAUUACAGUGAAUACUAUAGUAUUUAUACCAUAGUAUAUUUAAGCAAUAAGGCCCGAGGGGGUGUAGUAUAUGGCCAAUAUACCACAAGUUAUAUUGGAAAUAUACCACAAACCCCCGAGGUGCCUUAUUGCUAUUAUAAACUGGUUACCAACGUAAUUAGAGUAGUAAAAAUAAAUGUUUUGUCAUGUUUUACCACACCUGUCAGCCAAUCAGCAAUCAGGGCUCGAACCACCCAGUUUAUAAUAUAGUAUUUAUACCAUAGUAGACUAUAGUAUUUAUACCAUACUAGACUAAAGUAUUUAUGCCAUAGUAUACUAUAGUAUUUAUUCAUGUGGGUCCCACCACACUCUCUUUCCACCAUUCGGCCAUUUCAGCCAACAGAGACGCAGACAGAGACUCUUUAUGCUAAUAACAGAGUAAAUUACUAUUUGGCGGAAAAUGCAUAAUGCAUUACACCAAAGGGAGGUGUGUGUGUUGUAUUACAGAAUGGGGAGUGGCAGGUUAGUGUCUAUGAAGCAUUGUUUGAAACCUUAUGUAUCAGUGUGACAUUAGAAGCUACUUGGUAAACGUUGGUUUACGGUUGGAUGGAGUGAUGGAUGGAUUUAGCUCAGAUUGAGAUUUCCUCUAAUAAUAAUAAAUAAUAUGCCAUUUAGCAGACGCUUUUAUCCAAAGCGACUUACAGUCAUGCGUGCAUAUAUAUAUAUAUAUUUUUUUGUGUAUACCUCAUGAAGGGCAGAUGGAGGAUGUGUGUGUGUGCGUGUGUGUACGUAAGAGAGAGGAGAGGGGGGGGGGUAAUUCAUUGUUCUCAGUUUGAAUGGAGUAUGUAUAGGGUUACCUAUAUGUCAGAUGUGAAUAGUGGAAGGCCUGCAGCUGGGAGUUUUUGUUGUCUGUAUGGUUUGGGUCUCAGGUGGAGCUGGGACAAAUCAACUGGUGUCUUAGUGAGAAACGAGUGAACAGAAAGAGAGUGAAGAGAGGGGGCAUCGGGAGGAAAGGGGAUGAGUGUAAGAGAGAGGAAUGGGAUGAGAGAGGGGGGAAUGGG